AUGGCCGGGACCGACAAGUGUGGUUUCGAGAAUUUCGGCAGGAAUCCGGGGUGGAUAGAGACAACUGGCAUGAGCAACCCCGUACCGUGGGAAGAAUCUCCUACGAUUCUGCGGUCCAUCCCGCACGCUGCCGAUGCUACAAGCUUCCUGAAAGUUGACUUGUUUCAUACACUGAACCUCGGUGUCUACAAGGACUUUUCGGCGUCAUCCCUGGUGUUGGUUCUGCAAUUUAUGGCUGGGAACAAUAAUGAGGAACGGAUGCUGUCUAUGAAUGCCCACCUUCAGGUCUAUUUGAGGCAGACACGGCAGCGCUUGCACUGCCAAAAACUGACCCUGGAAAACAUUGGAGCCAAGAGCAAAGCGACCUUCGCUACUGGAUCUUGGAGCAAAGGGCAGGACAGUGUUGUGCUCAUGGAUUUUCUGCCCUGGGUCAUCGAUGUUUUGGCGACUGUAAAUGCAAGAGCGAAGCCCUGGUGCUACAUCGAUGCGGGGGCCCGAGCAGCGAGACACUGCAUGGAGACUCUCUAUGCGGCUGAAGCUUUUAUGCCGCUGGAUGUGGCGCGACGGGCGGCAGACUCCGGCUUCGCCCUACUUCAGGCUUACGCCAAGCUGGUUGAAUGGAGCAUGCAGGGGGGACAUUUACUCUACAACCUGAUCCCCAAACUGCACUAUUUUCACCACUGCUUGAUCGACAUCAUACAGUCUUGCAGUCGCGAAGGAGCAACCCACGUGCUGAACCCAGUGGUGAAUUCCACGGCCCAGUGCGAGGAUAUGGUUGGCCAGAUAGCUAG